AUGCAAUGGCCCUCUUCGUGUCAUCGAACUGGGAUCAGGAUGCGGUAUUAUCUGCCAGAGGUCGAAGAGAUCGUAACACAAAACAUAGCAGUUGCCAAACCGACAUCGUCAUCCAACCUUGAGUAUCGAACCCUGGACUGGGACGAAGCGCUCCCAGAUGACCUUUGUAACAACUCUAUCGACUUGGUCCUUGUAUCAGACUGUACCUACAAUGCAGACAGUUUACCUGCCCUAGUUUCAGUCCUGGACCGUCUCGUUCAGUCGUCACCAAAUGCUAUCAUUCUUGUGGCACUGAAGAGACGACAUGACAGUGAGACCGUCUUCUUUGAAUUGAUGCAGUCGUCAGGGCUCUCCAAUCUGCAUCAUGACAGUAUGAAAUUGCCCUCGCAACAUGACCAGUUGGACCAGAUUGAAUUGUACUGUUAUGGAAACAAGGCAAAACUUCUAAAGCCUAUCGCGACAUAA